GUACCUCGCCAUUAAUCUCCAUAAAUCGCGGUGCCUCUCUUCUCGCCUCUCGCCGUCUAUUUGGAACGGAGGUUUGCUUCCACCCCCCUGUGAUAAUUCUGUAUCCGAUUGACGCAGAGUUCCGAGAUCUCUGCUCUUAAACUCGAUGCUCUUCCAUUAGUCGCAAAGCGUAAAGGAAGAUUGCUUUUUUUUUUUUUUUUUUUUUUUUUUAAAUUUGUUUCUCUCUGGUUCAAAGCAAGCAAACUAUGGGGUCGUCGUCUUGUGAGGUCAUCGAUAUAUCUACUAGUGCUCGGAGGAUAGGCGUAGACAAUCGUAUCUCUCUCCGAUUUUACUUCAGGAUCGCAGAUAAUAUCCUCAAACAGGCCAAUAUAUUUCGGGCAGAGAAGAAUGUUAUUGAUUUAUAUGUCAUGCUUCUGCGGUUUUCAAGCUUGGCUCUUGAGACUAUACCAUCCCAUCGAGAUUACAGAUCAUCUCUAAAAAGCAACAAAGAGUAUUUAAGAAUGAGACUAUUGGAUGUCUUGACGGAGCUGGAGAAGUUAAAACCAGUUGUACAGCAAAGGAUCGACGAACUGAAUCCCAAACUCGUACCACGAUAUAAUGUGCAAGCUCAUCCAGCAAAUGGUUCCCUAGGCUGGUCUUCGGCCGUAAAACCAUCGUUAAAUAGCUAUGAUCAUACAAAGGUAAGAAAUCCUCCUGGACAUAAUUUUGGCUACAUGGGUUCCAGGGGUCAACAAUUCUUGAACGCUGCACCACUCGAAGAGCGUUUCCGAAAGAUGUCAGUGAACUUCCGACCAAAUGAAGAAACCCUUUCCAAGCAUUCUGUCUUGGGUCCUGGUGGACUUCGUGCACAGUGGCAGCCACCAAAGAAUGAUAUAAAGGUUCAAUAUCCAAGCAAUAUAGAUUUUUCGCCAGUUGAAAUCCCAAGCUUCCAACAAUUCGUGUCUAGCAAACCAAUGAUAAGGAAUGACAGUAAUGAUGAACCUGAAAGGCCAAUAGUGGAAUCAAGUUCUACAUCUAGUGAAAAUAUCCAGAAAAAUUACACUGAAGAGCUUUCUUCCAUGAUUUCUUUUGAAGAACCCGAAAGUGUUAAUGAUAACAGUCUCACUAGGCAACCUUCACCACCUCCAGUGCUUGCAGAAGUUCAAGACUUGGUUCCUGCUUUAUGUCCUGAAGCUAGAGAACCGGAAUGUAAGAUAGAAAACUCUCUGCCAGAUGAGUCUCUACGGUCGGAGUCUCCUCUUGAACUACAUAUUGCAACAACAAUGAUGGAUACCUUCAUGAGGCUUGCCAAGUCAAACACUAGGAAGAAUUUAGAGACGUGUGGUAUUCUUGCUGGCUCACUAAAAAACAGAAAAUUUUACAUUACAGCUCUCAUCAUACCAAAGCAGGAAUCAACAUCUGACUCGUGCCAGGCCACAAACGAAGAGGAGAUAUUUGAAGUACAGGACAAGCAAUCCCUUUUCCCACUUGGAUGGAUUCAUACGCAUCCGACACAGUCUUGUUUCAUGUCAUCCAUUGAUGUUCACACACACUAUUCCUACCAGAUUAUGUUGCCAGAAGCUGUGGCAAUCGUUAUGGCGCCACAAGACUCUUCAAGGAAUCACGGAAUAUUCCGGCUGACAACGCCGGGAGGAAUGACGGUGAUAAGAAAUUGUGACCGGCGUGGGUUUCACUCGCAUAGUUCACCGGCAGACGGAGGACCAAUUUACAAUACCUGUAAGGAAGUUUACAUGAACCCUAAUCUCAAGUUUGAUGUCAUUGAUCUCCGGUAGCAUCAGUUGUGCGUUUGAAAAUGAAACUAUCUAUGUUCUCUACGAUUGUAACAAUUCCGUGUUUGUUUAUAUCCCGAUUUUAAAUAUGAUUUACAUUUGUUUUUCAUGUACAAUUUUUUUUAUGUUAACAUGUGAAUUCAUGUAAAACUGAAAAUAAACCAAGACAAAUUACAAUUAUACUGUAUAAUGAUUUGUACCAUUGUUGGCAUUUUUGUCAUUAA